GAGAGAGAGAGAGAGAGAGAGAGAGAGAGAGAGAGAGAGAGAGAGAGAGAGAGAGAGAGAGAGAGAUUCACUCUUCCAGACUUCACAGAGAUCCAUCAGAGCUUCUCUGGAAUCUAAUCAUUCAAUUCUGUCAGAAUGUCUUACGGUGGCUCCGGUUCGAUGUCACGUGGGGAAUUUAGUGUUCACUUCGCCAGCAAACGCGGAGGAACCAUAAGAGCAGAGGAGGCUGCUGGCAUCACUCUUUUGGCUGUGAUCAUCACUGCUCUCAUCAUUCUGGGUUGCUGGUUUUACCGCAGGCGCAGUGGAUACAAAAAGAUUCGGAAUGAACAGUCAUGGAGAGAGAUGAGUCAGUACACUGAACCUGGAUCAGGAGAUGAAAAUAAAGUGGCCUUGAAUGAAUUCAGCAACAUCAAUACUGCGAUUCCCAACGCUCCUCCAGCUUAUGAGAAGAUCAACUCUAGACCUUCACCUCCACCUUAUUCACCAUAAACAAAAAACUGAGAAAGUACUGCAACACUGAGAGUUAAAUACAGAGGAAUAAAACAAAGUUCAGCAGUAAUACUGUGUCUCUCUUUACAUCUGAUCUUCUCUUCUUCAUCAAGGCUUUCAGACCUUACACACUUCUCACACAGGAACAUAUUGACUUAAGUUGUCAAAACAUGAUGUAUGUGUCACUUAAACAUUUAAAUUAAGUUAUUAGUUACAGUUGAAUCUAUUAUAAACGGUUAACAUUAGGGAUAGGGCUGGGCAAAAAAAAAAAAGAUUUUUAUCGAUAAUCGUUUUUUUUAUGUGGUCGAUUCAAAAUCGAUUCUCAAAGAGCAGAAUACAUUUUUUUCUUUCAUAUUUAUUUACGAAAAUAUUUAACGUAAGAUUAACGUUAAUUUAAUUAGUCUUCUUCACUAGAUGUCACCCUCUGUUUUGCCUUGCGCGAUGUUACCCAGGAGUGAGAGGCGAGCCUGUCAUUCAUUCAUUCAGUGCUUAAAAUGGAGGUUUCAGGUGCUUUAUUGACGUUGAUGCCACCUUCACAUAAAAAGUCAGAGAUAUGGAAGCAUUUUAGAUUUUCCAAGGAAGACGACGACAAUAGUGUUGUGGCUUUUAAUUUCUUUUUAUUAAUUACCCACUUCUGUUCACUGUUCUUUUUUAUUAAUAUAGUAUUUGUAUUAAAUCUAUAUUCAUUGAGUUGAAUCAAGAAUUGAGUAUAAAAACCAACCCGAGAACCGGAAUCGAAAAUUUAAUCGAGAAUCGAAUCGAUUUGAUUGCUUGUGAAAAAAAAAACAAUAAUUGAAAGCAUAAUUGAGUUUCAAUUUCAACAACCCACCAUUAUGGUGAUCAGUGUUUGCAUUAUCAUCAACUAAUUUGCAAAAUGGCUAAUUUUUGCUCACACCUACAAAAUGUCAAUUUAAACAUCUUAUUAUAAAUUAUCUGUGGGAUAUUUUGAGCCAAAACUUCACAUAUGUACUCUGGGGACACCAAAGAUAUAUUUGACAUCUUAAAAAAGUCUUGUGAAAUUUCCUGUUUAACACUGAAGAAAGUAUAAUUGAGUACUCAACUAAAUCAUUUUCUGUAUAUUUUAAUCUGGAAAUUAAAUGUACAGUGAUGCUGAACUUCUUAUUCAAGCUUAAAACAUGUGCAGUUAUCUGGUAACACAUUUUGUGUAAAUGUUUUAUUGGAAAAUAAUAAAAUCCUUACAGCACAUAGCACAA